AUGCUCGCCUCCACCGCCUUUUUGCACACGCGGGCGAGCUCCCCGGUGACCCGGAAUGCCCGAGGUGGUGAGCAGUCGGGCAUCUUCCAGGCGAGCGCAAAGGCGCCAGAGGCGGCCUCCAAGGGUGACGGAAAGGGCCUGGAGACCUUGGUGACUGCUUUCUUCGGUGGCGUUGUAGGUCUUGGAGUGGCGGUGGCCAAGACCAUCGAAAGCAUGGUCAACAAGAAGGCGGAGAAGCCUGUGUGGCAUCCCUCUCAGGAGGUGGGCAACAUCUAUCCCAUUGGCUAUUUUGAUCCCUUGAAGCUUGCGAAAGACGAGAAGAAGUUCCGCCAGUUCCGCAUCGCGGAGAUCAAGCACGGCCGUGUCGCUAUGAUGGCUGCAGCUGGCGCCGUUGUUCAGCACUACGUGAAGCUGCCCCCCUUCAAGGAGCUCCCAUCUGGAGUGCAGGUUUUGCAGUCCACGGAAGGCCAGAUUGCAUUUGGCUCAUUGGUUGCUGCCUGCGGUUUGGUGGAGCUCUAUGUGUGGCGUCAGGCGGAUGACAAGGAGCCGGGGAACUUCGGGGACCCCGCCAACUGGACUCAGACCGGCCUUGGCGGAGGCGCCUACAACGAGGAGAACCGCGAGCGUGAGAUCGUGAACGGCCGCUUCGCUAUGCCGCCAAGCUUCGAUUGGCUGCCAGAGGCAAUCACUUGUGACAUCGGCAACCUCUGA